CUUCUGCUUCCUCAAAUAUUGAAUGGCUGUUGUUGCUGCUUUCACUUUCUCUACAGUGUGAGGUGGGGGGCCACAGUGGAGAAUUCACGGGGAAAUUUAGCCACAGGCUGGGGGAGUUUCCAUUACAGCAGAGGCGGAGUAACUGAAGGCUUUGCUUUUGCGAGUGAGGACUUGUGGUCCUGAGCAGUACAAGGAGGGUGUUCACAGUGUUUGUUCAGUAGUGUUUGUGUAGCAGCAGUUCCUGUAGGAUACACUUUACUGUACCUGUAGACAAACUAACCUAACAGCUUUCUUCUUGACACCUUUUUGUUCUCUACAAAACUGAAGUGCUUUAGAAAUAUGAAGUUGCUGGAGCUGGGGGACUCCAUCAGUCGUUUCAGGUUUUCUCAGUCCUGUGUGGGGUUGGUAGGCUGCCUGUGUGUGUGCUAUGCAGUGUGCACACCGUUCUGGCUGAAGGACAGGGGACUCUGGACAGAGUGGAAUAACACUACAAGUGACCAGACAAGUAAAUAUGGCUACAUCUUCAACGCCCUGGAAGCAGAGAGAGUGUUUGGAGUUCUCUCCUUCAUCAUGGCUGUGAGCACCGGGGCUCUGUGUCUGGUGUUUGCCCUCUGCUGGACAUCUGAGACGGUGCGCUCCUACUCCAACACUCGCUCUCUGCUCAUGGCAGGACAGGCCCUCUACCCCACCACACUGCUGCUGCUCACCAUGGCCUCUACAGGUUUCUUCUUCCUCUUCAGCUGGUCUCUCUUCACAUAUCAGAACCGGGAAGAAAUCCAUCAAGACGUCUCCAGCCUCGGCUCCUCCUAUUGGCUGGGGGCUUUAGGUUGGGUCCUGCUGUUGGUCGUGGAGGGGGCAGUUUUUAUAGCUGAGCAAGCUGUUGUUCCGGACAUCAUGCCAGACUUAGAGCAGGCUGUGGAGUCGUGGCGGAUUUCCUUUCAACUUAGGGCCGCUAAACGCUCUUUUAGCGACAGUUAUUUUCCUGGUAACAGCAAAAGCAACAUGACUCCCAGGAGCAUUGAGUGGGGUUCUGAAAUAAGGACAUGACAGAGGAAAUGAAUGGGAAUGUGUAAGUUACACAUUAUUGCGCACAGACUCAAUGAAACACCAGCAAUUCCUCGCUGCUUUAUAGAUCUACAACCAGACUGAAUAUUGAUUAACUGUGUUGGGAGUUAAGUGUUUGCCAGAGGAAUUAAGUCUGAAUCCUGAAAGCCAGAUGGACUGAAGGCUCCAGCUUCCAGAGCUGAUCAUGGAAGUUAUUUUCCAGGUUGAUUUCAGAAUGAACUACAGAUCAAUGAUACUGGCUGGGAAACUGGGCACCGAAUGUCAAAUGACAACUUUUCUCUGACAAUGUGUGUUCGUCAUAAAGCUUUGUUCAAAUUUGCCCCUGGGCAAAGAUUAAGUUUCAAAGUUUUCAGAUGAAUUAUUGUAAACCAAACACUCAUUAAAUAUUCACUACUACCUCGAAGUUAAAGUUUGAGUGGGAGCUGCAAUGUAGUUCAUGAAUGUUAAAAUAGCGCCAUCUAGUGUUAACAAUAUGACACUUUUGACAGUACUCAACACAAUUUUUUUUUAAAGGUUUAUAGGGAUUUCUUAAUUAUUGGCAAAUAUGAACUGUGUUCCCUUGCUGUUUUCCUACAACAAGUUGCCCUUUUUGCUGAUGACGAUGAUGAGAAAUAAAUAGCACACAUAUCUGUGGUUGUACCCCU